UGUCAAUGGUCUGGUGGUGAUUCGUCGACAUUUGCAUAAAAAUUAUUUUUUUGCAAAAGUUUUCUCGACAAAACCGUAACGCAUACAGUUUAUUUUACUGAAAAAUCAUCUCAAGUAAGUGGACGUUAGCCAGACUCGAUAAAAGUCUCGAAAAACAAGUGAUCAAGUAAAAAUACGUGCAAAAUCUAUCGUCGAAAUAAAAGUGUUCAUAUCCAGCUGUCAUUAGUGACUAUUGUAGUAUUAGCUCCCCAUAAUUGUUGUAAGGGUGGAAACUGAAAUUUCAUUUAUCGAAUAAUUUUUAUUGGAAAAUUUGCCAAGUGUGUACAGUGAUUGUGUUUGAUCUUGGUAUUUGGAAGAUAAGGAAUCGUGAUCAAUUUAUGUAACGAGUAAACUAAUUCAACAAGCAAUAAAAUGGCCGAAUAUUGGUUAAUAUCUGCACCGGGAGAUAAAACGUGUCAGCAGACAUGGGAGACCAUGAACAAUGUCACAAGCAAGCAGAAUAAUUUGUGCGUUAACUACAAGUUCCACAUUCCUGACUUGAAGGUCGGUACACUCGAUCAGCUCGUCGGCCUAUCUGAUGAUUUGGGUAAACUUGAUGCCUAUGUCGAAAACAUUACCCGAAAAGUGGCAACAUAUUUGGGUGAAGUACUAGAAGAUCAACGUGACAAAUUGCACGAAAAUUUGUUGGCAAACAACACCGAUCUUCCAUCGUACAUUACUCGUUUCCAGUGGGACAUGGCCAAAUAUCCCAUUAAGCAAUCGUUGCGUAACAUUGCCGACAUCAUUUCCAAGCAAGUUGGACAAAUCGAUGCUGAUUUAAAGACGAAAUCGGCCGCCUACAACAAUUUGAAGGGUAAUCUUCAAAAUUUGGAAAAGAAGCAAACUGGAAGCUUGUUGACAAGAAACUUGGCCGAUUUGGUGAAAAAGGAGCAUUUCAUUUUGGAUUCGGAGUAUUUGACAACGUUGUUGGUCAUCGUGCCAAAAGCUAUUGCUAAUGAUUGGCAGGCUGGCUAUGAAAAACUCACCGACAUGAUUGUGCCACGCUCGUCACAGUUGAUUACUCAAGAUGCAGACUUUGCUCUGUUCAAUGUUACUCUUUUUAAGAAGGUCGUUGAAGAAUUCAAACUCCAUGCUCGUGAAAAGAAGUUCGUUGUACGAGACUUCACCUACAACGAGGAGGAAUUGGCUGCUGGUAAAAAUGAAAUUACCAAACUGGUCACUGAUAAGAAGAAGCAAUUUGGUCCACUUGUCAGAUGGUUGAAGGUGAAUUUCAGCGAAACCUUUUGCGCUUGGAUCCAUGUUAAGGCGUUGCGUGUAUUCGUUGAAUCGGUACUACGUUAUGGGUUGCCGGUCAAUUUCCAAGCUAUUCUCUUGCAUCCUAACAAGAAAAGCACCAAGAGACUGAGAGACGUACUCAAUCAACUCUACAGUCACUUGGACGGUUCUGCUCAAGCUCCGUCAAAUACCGUUGAUAAUGUCGAUAUUCCCGGUCUUGGAUUCGGCCAAUCGGAAUACUUCCCAUACGUCUACUACAAAUUGAGCAUUGACAUGGUGGAGCAGAAAACAAUUUAAACAGAAAAGGAAAAUACUUAAGCAAAUUCAUAAUUAUUAGAAAUUCAUCAAAAAAUAAAUUGCGUUAGGAAUUUCAUCGUUCGAGGCAACAGAAUUAUGCUUAAAAAUAUUGUUCGUACGAAACGUUGCACAAACUUUUAAUUCAUAAUUUGUUAAAAAGUAUAAAAGAAAAACAAAAACUAUUUCCAAGACCCCCCAUGUGUGAUUAGAGUUUUUAACGAAAAGUUAAUUUGUUUUUCCAUUUUCAUUUUCUGGAAAAUUGGAAUGAUGAGGACACUGUUGGUGUGUUUUUAAGUAUUAAUCAAAGAAAUAUUUUCAAUUAAAGGAAAAGAAUUAUUUUAGAGUUUUAUGAAUUUUCUGCGUUAGAAAACCACAAAACAAAAAAUUCAUUUUGUCGAGUCAGUAUUUUCCGAAAAAAAAAAAAACAAUUUUCAUUUGUAAAUAUGUUUUGUGUUAUCCAAAUCUUUUGUUUGUCUCGUUGCAACAACUUUUUUUUUUUAUUUCUUAACACUGCACAUACAACUAGUAAAAAUUUUAUUGUUUCGUUUUCUGCGUCAAGAAAGUCAUUUUUUGUGUCGAAUAGUUUAAAUCGAACUGGAUUGUUUAUCCCAAUUUUCAAUUCAACUCUUUUACUUCAAAAUUAUUUAAAAAGAAAAAAAUUUUAGUCCAUAAAUAACCAUGGCCAUUACACGUUUUACAGCACGUCAGGUAAUUUUUUUGUUUUCAUUUCUUUGGGUCUAAAUUAAAUUUGCAUUGAAUGUGAAGUUCUUCUAUAUUUUAAUGUUGAAAUUGUAAACAAAACAAAAAAUUUUGAAGCAGCAAAUUCACUGCAUAUAUUUAACGUUAAAGAACUAUUUAGGAAGAGGUGGAUGGAAGGAUAAACAACCAAAAGAACAAUAAUUAUUAAAUUGUAAAAAAAAAACAAAAAUGUAUAAAAUAUGGAAAUCUAAAACUUUAUUGUAAAUAAACAUUCCAAGCCCGAUGUGAAAAGU